AUGAGUAUAUAUAAAGGCAGAUCUCUGCUAGACCUUAAAAAGCAACAAUGGGCUAAAGAAAAAGAAGAAUUAUCUCGACUUGGUGAAAUGUUUUCUCAUGCUUCCAUUAAAUCAGAACGUACAUCAAUUAGAACGUUUUAUUCAAAUGUAGACUUAACACAAACAAAUAUCAGCGCUAGCUCACAUUUAAACAGUCCUCACAAUCAAUUCCAGCACUAUUAUAACACUAAUAAUAGCAAUAAUUAUAAUAACCCACCAACACAACAAGAACACCAAAGGAAUUUUAACAAUAAUACUUCGAAUUCCAAUAGCGGUAACGAUUAUAAUAAUCAACAUAACGAUAGCAACAAUCACCAUAGAGCAUUAAAUAGUUCAGUUGCAGCUAUAGCCAACAGUAGUUUUGAACUUAUCAAUGAUGAUGAUUAUCCUUUACACAAUAAUGAAGGAAACAAUAGAUUUUUUAUAACUCCGCGUCCUCAAGCAUCGUUACCAAUUCAAGUAUUACCAUCACCACCGUCACAACCAGUUAAUACAUCUGCUGCGGUACAAAUACAGUCUUCAUUAUCCAAUCAUCAUCACCAAUACCGACAAGCACCAACUGCAAUUAUACUUCAGCAAGAAUCAACACGUAAUACACCGACAUUAUCUCCAUCACAAAUGAAAGAACUGAGACCGCGAAGUCCAAGUUUACCAGCAAUACACCACAGUCAUCAUCAGUCUGAAAAUAAUAAAAACUUCAAUAGUAAUAAUAACAAUAUCAAUUAUUCAAAAGCAGAUAGAGAUACUACUAAUAACAAUAUGAAUCGAAAACAAAAUCAAUUAAUGCCACACCAUUCCCUAGAAGAAGAUACAUCGGGAUACACUAGUGACACUCCGCCACCACCGAUAACGACUCAGCAACAGAGCCCUGAUAUUUGGUAUAAUGAUGGUAGUUGUGACACAAACAUGAGGCAGAAUAACAAUAAAAAUAAUCGUAGGACAACAAUGAAUCAUAAACAUAAUAAUAACACUCAAAAUGGUCGAAUGUCUAGUAAAGAUUUUAAGGACUAUCAAAAUAUUGCUAAUAUACAUUAUAACGCUAAACGUAAUAACUUAGAAAAUUUGAAAGGUGGUAGCGGCCAAAUUCACCGCGAAAGGAUCGAUACUAAUAUUCGUGGUUUCCGAGGAUUAAGAGUGGGGUCAAUAAAUGACCUUGAUGGAGUAAUUACUGGUCAUGGAAUGGAUAUGGAUUAUCAAAAUGGUUAUUACAUGUCACCUACAAGUACAAUGCCACCCAGUCGUGACAUUUCAACCUCUGGAACAUUUCCAGUAUAUUCUGAACCAGCAGAAUAUUAUAAUCCACAACGAAUGACUGAACAACAAGAACGCGCUAAGUGGAGUAAUUGGAAUAGUAAAUAUAAUUCGGAUAAUUCUAGUGUGCAGAGUGAAAAUAGAUAUUUGCAUAAUAAUAUUAAUAGCAAUAGUACCGGAACACCAGGUUGGUUAAAUCGUGGUUCUCAUGAUCUAAAAGAAAGUGAAGAUGAUAUGCAGUCAGUUAAUUCAUUAUCAUAUUUACGAGGACAAAACGCUCCAAUAGAUUCAGCAACAUUAGCUGAAAGAGUUUCUAAACGACGUAAAGCAUUAGAAUAUCAAAAUGCAAUUAAGCAACAGCUAGAAGAACAAGAACGAAUAAGACAAUGGGAAGUAGAACGACAUCUAAGAGAAGAAAGAAUAAUAGAAGAAAGGGCAUUGCGACAGCAACAAAUAGAAGCGGAACGUGUUAAAUAUGAACAACAGCUGAUUGAAGAAAAGGCUGAAGCUCAGAAAAAGAAACAGGAAAUGUUGUUAGCUGCUAUUGCAAAAGCUGAAGAAGAAGCUAAAUUGGAAAAAGAUAAACGGAAAAAAGGAAGGCAAAAAUCCUUAGAGCCAUUAUCUAGCAAUGAAAAUUAUAAUGAAUCGAUUGAGUCUCAGGAAAAGGAUAUAGAUACGCAAGCAAAUGCACAAGAUUUAAAAACAACUACAAAUAAGUUAUUAAACGAAAAGACUGAACAUUUUUCAAAUAUUUCAGAACCAAAGCCAGCUGAAAAAAUCUCAGAUUCAAAAGCAGGCCCUACAAAAAAUGAGGGAUUUGAAGAACAGGAAGUAAAAACAUUAAUUGGAACACCAAUAAAUUUUCGCAAAACUUAUCAAAAACAAAAUAAAAAUGAAGAAAAACUUUCUCCAAAAAAGAAGUAUUCUGUCGAGUCACAAGACAUCGAAAGUAUAGCUCUGGUUCUCCAACCUACUACUCUUAUUCCACUUCCUGUUACAACUGAUGUUAUUGGGUUACAAAAUUCUAUUGGAAAUUUAAAGGUUGCUACCUACUACAUGCAACCCCAGAUUAGAGUUACUGUUCCUCAAAUGGCUACAGUUUUAAAGCAACAAACGAAUCACAGUAAAACUGAGGAUGAACACAGUAAAACUGAUGAGGAAGAUGAAAAAUCGUCAAGUAAUGAAAGUAGCCAAAGCAAAUCAGAUUCUGGUAAUAGCAGCUUACAACAUGAAACGGAAAUUACAUCAACUUUUGUUACAAAAAGUGUUUCAACAAAUGACAUCGAUGGGAAAUGUUUCAAAUGUGGUGAAUGUCAUCGUCUUAAAGAGAACACUUCUACCAAUUUUGGUGAAAGUAACAUUGAUAUUUCUAUUAAUGACGAUAUCACUGAUUCUACAGCAAAAGCAAGUGAAUCUAUACCAACAGUAAGAGAAAUUUCCGAGGACAAACAAGUCGCUUUACUUCAACUUACAAACGAUGAUUUAAAUGAAAAUGUGUAUACAAAGCUUAAACGUGAAGAAGUAAGUGGUAAUCAACAAGAUGCAGAAACACAAACAGAACUGCCAUUAAACUGCGAUUUAUGCUUGUUCCAUGAUAAUUUUUACAAAGUGUAUUUAAAAAGAGAAGUUUCAACCACAACGACAACACAUCAAACUUCUAAACCAAAACCCAAAUUCAAUAUUAGCAAUACAGCUCCUGGUACCCCAGGUGUUGAUGCUGAAACUACGACAACAACCACAACUACAACAACAACUACAUACAAAGCGAAAAAUAAGGAUGGUAAAAAACGUAAGGAAAAAAUUGAUGAUCGUCCAAAAUGGGGUGUUAAUCGUCCCGUGGUUCAGUAUGUAAAAGCAAGUGAUCGCGAUCCAUUCUGUUUACGUAAUAAAAAAAAAUGUAAAACUGGUAAACCUUCACGAAGUCAAUCUGUUGAUUCGAAAACCAAUCCAGAAGAAGGUUUUCUAAUGAAAGCACGAAAUGUUUGCACUGAAAUAUUGCCUAUUAAAACAGAUGAUCAAGGACGGAUAUUUUUAAAUUUCCGUGAAGCCAGUUCAAUUAUGAAUGAAGAUGAAGUUAAAGAAAAAUUGAGGGAGAGAUAUCUUACAUUUGGUAAAAUAUUAGCAAAACGACAAUGGGAUCAACCUGUCGAGUUUGAUGGUACAGAGCUAGUUCGAUGUGCUAGUAUUGCUGAAAUAGAUGACAUUAAACGUUAA